UUGAUCACACGUUUGACUUGAACUGCCCAAGCAUCUUGGAAGCCUUCUGUCUUAAACUAGUUGAAUAUUCUCCGCUCCAUAUACAAUUUCAUCCGUACUGUUAGUCUAUUACUAUUGCAGAGGAUCAUUAAGCUAACCCCUAAUUUAAUGGCUACUAACGCCCCCAAAUUCCAGAAACCCGAACUCUUACCCGCUCCGAACCCGCCCAAUUACCACCCAGAAACCACCGUAUCGCCGCCCUCGCACGACGGCCUUCACUUCUACCAGUUCAUGAUCGCCGGCUCGAUCGCCGGAAUGGUUGAGCACAUGUCCAUGUUCCCGAUUGACACAAUCAAGACCCAGAUGCAAACCCUAAAUUCGUGCCCAAUUAAGUCGGUUUCAAUUCGCCAUGCUCUUACUUCAAUUUUUAGAUCUCAGGGUCUUGGUGGAUUCUACCGUGGCAUUGCUGCAAUGGGUCUCGGUGCUGGCCCGGCUCAUGCGGUUUAUUUCUCUGUAUAUGAGAAUUGCAAGACUAGGUUUUUGGGGUCUGGGUAUAAUGAUUCUUUGGUACAUGCAUUGUCUGGUGUUUGUGCUACUGUUGCUAGUGAUGCCGUGUUUACGCCAAUGGAUGUUGUUAAACAGAGGUUGCAGAUGAGGAAUAGUCCGUAUUCGGGUGUGUUGGAUUGUGUUGGGAGAGUGUUUAGGGAAGAAGGGUUUAGGGGGUUUUAUGCUUCGUAUAGGACUACUGUUUUGAUGAAUGCACCGUUUACUGCUGUCCAUUUUGCUACUUAUGAGGCGGUGAAAAAAGGGUUAAUUGAGGUUAAAGAGGAGAGUGGUGAGGAUGAGAGUUUUGUUGUUCAUGCUACUGCGGGUGCUGCUGCUGGGGCGGUGGCUGCUGCAAUUACAACUCCCCUUGAUGUUGUUAAGACUCAGUUGCAGUGUCAGGGUGUCUGUGGAUGUGACAGAUUUAUAAGUGGGUCAAUAACAGAUGUUAUCAGAACUAUAGUAAAAAAGGAUGGAUAUCAUGGCUUAAUGAGAGGAUGGGUGCCGAGAAUGCUCUUCCAUGCUCCUGCUGCCGCAAUCUGCUGGUCUACCUACGAAGCUGGAAAAUCAUUUUUCCAAGAGUUCAAUAGUAGUAGGAGCAACAAGAACACGAGCUAAUCACCUGAGAGGCAUAUACUUUUGUUUGAUUGAUAAAUAGAACAACACCAAUAGAAGAUGGGUGAUGAAAAACUCUUAAGCCUUUCACAUGCCGCAGCAGCUCAGCAUUGCCAGAGAAUAGCUGGGAUUGGAGUCUUGGAGAUGAUAAGAGAGAGCUUUAGCUUAAAAUUUGUAUACCUUUUUAAAUUUUUAGUACAUAUCAGCCAAUUGGUUUAGUUUAUUUGUCCUCAUUUUUCUGUAAGGAAGUUCCAUUUUGCUAGCAUAA